AUGUUGCCUACUUGCCCCGCAAAACAUGCGCAUGCAAAGAUCAAGGUAUCUUCUGUCAGCACCUUAGAUGGGGUUGCAAAUGCGUCCAUGUGGGCAGAGGAGAUUCAAGGCGGCGGCGGCGGCGGCGGCGGUUGGUUGGGGGUUGGCGGUCAGUCCGAGGACCCUGACCCCGACCUAGGGCCCCAUUCAUCCGUCGGCGCAAGAAUGUAG